AUGGUCUGGUACAGAGACCUUGGCAAGGAUUAUACCACAUUCAUAUCUGCUCUGGAAGACGAUAUGUGGGUGCUGAUUACCAACUUGGUUAUAAGGUUACAGAAAGUGGAUAUGGUGCGGUUCAUGGCCCUGGAUGUUACUGAAAAAUUAUGUGAUCACUUCAGGGAACUUCGGGAGACAUCACCAAGUACUGAAGGUGGAGGGAAACUACAACCUUUCCAGUUGCACCCCUGUUUAAAAAGUGACGUUGCAGAGACAGAAUUCCUACGGGAAGCAACUGAAGUUUUACAUGUUCUAUUGUUGCCGGAGAGGAUAGCCAGCUCCGAGACUGCACGUCAUGUCAUACGUGAAAUAGUGACAUGUUCAGUCAUUAAGCCAGCUAUUGAUAUGCUAUGCAGUCCCAGCUAUGUGAACAACAUUCUCUUAAUGCACAUGGAAUACACAGAGCAGUUGGCAAAGAAACACAAUCACAACUACAUGUACUCAUCAACCUAUGAGGAUUUCAUAAGCUGAUCAACAGUUGGCACGACACCCAAGAACUUCAACAAAUCAGGUGUCACAUUUUAACUGAAAUUAUGCAAGCAACCAACAUUCAAAAUAUGAAGAAAGCAAAGGGAUUAGAAGUAGGAACAAAGACAUCAAAGGGAGCUGGUAAAGGAGAGCUGUUGAAGGCACGUAAUCUGAAAAGGUACCUCAACCAGGAAAGUGUCGCUUUGCAAAAGCUCACUGUAAACGGCGUAUCAGGCAAGUUGGGGGCCCCGAGUAUCAGAGGUAUUUCCGCAACUGGGACGAGGAGGAUGGCGUGGGACCAAUGAUGGUCAUUUUACUGGAGGAGAUAUUCCAGGA